AUGGGCGACGGUGCGGUGGCUCACCGCUACGUUUCGUUCCAUGAGCGUCUUAAAAAUGUAUCUAUUGACCUAUCCAGAGAGUCAGGCACUAGCUGGGGUGCGUCUAGGCUCCAAGUAGCAGGUCUUGAUGCACCUGCUAGUGCAUUUGCCGUUGCAACAGGUGCUGUGACUACAGUUUCCGAGACGUCAGACUUGGCAAGUACUGCAUUCGGUACAGCACUACACCAAUGGAGUGAACUUAAUUUGAGUUUACCAUUUCAAGACUUCUAUGAAAAGGUUAUGCCUAAGGCCCAGUCUCUUGUCUUACUACUGCAUCACCGUGAUGAAGUGGCCUCUGAACUCGACAGCUUUUUGACACUGCAUGAGCCUCAAAACUGGCAUGCAUGGGACGCGUUGCUAGAUCUGGUACCUCGAAUGGCGUUUGAUCUUGGUCCAGAAUUUCUACCAGUCUACCCUACAUUGCUUGCUGCGCUCCUCCGCGCCUCGUCUUUGAUGGAUAAAAAUCUUACACGCGGAGAUGAAGCUGUCGCAGCGCGCCUCGUGGAACGCGCCUUUCACAGCGCGGCAUGGCUAUUUCGAGCUAUAUCAUCGCUUAUGCCACAUAGGCAAGAUGCCGAUUUGCUUAUAACAAGUUGGACAAUUGUACGUGAUGUGCUAGCGCAAGACAAGACAACGACGAAGGAUCCUGUUCCUACUAUGGCAGAUAUGCCAGACGACGAGCUUGACAGCGAGGUCUCUGUGCCUACGCGACUUGUUCCCAAAGCCCAUACCCGUCGCUUUGCGUCUGAAGCACUGGCGCACUUGAUACGCAAAGCUCCCCAUUCUCAUCUCGACACACUUACUCUGCGUAUGCUCGAUGAUGCUGCCCGUAUUGGUGCUGGACUUGAAAGUGGUGUGGCUGCCACAUGGGCUCACAGCUGCAAGACAGCCGCCCAUACUUUGCACUCACGAACCGUGGAUCUUCUCACGAAGCUGUUACGACGCACUACGUCCCACACACUCCUUCUCCGCCAGGUCGGCGAGCGUGUGAUGACAGCCUUGGUUCAUCACGCACAUGCAACAGAUCUUGUGCCUGUUGUCGACCUUGUGCUUUCUUGGGCUCGUGAUACGAGUAUGAAUGAGGAUAUGAUCACGAUCCUGCAUUAUUUAAUGGCACUCGUCGGGACCAGGAAAGGCACUCGUAUGGCCGAGGAGAGCAAGCAGCGUCUGUGGAUGUGGAUUGCUGAGAUCGAUGCACAAUUGCCAUGGAACUCCAAUUCAUCUGCGCUGCUGCAAGCCUACGUUACAUUCCUUUGUGUGGCCAUUCCAACAGCACGAAUUCAGGAUAUGACUGGACCAGGCAAGAGCAUCUUGCAAGCUCUUGCAAAGCGGCCUCUCGAAGGUGAAUUUGAUGUAGCUUGGGCUGCUUUGGAUGGCGUGUAUCGUGCCCUGGGCGAUCCAUCGUCGGAAUGGCGUGGUUUUACCUCCCUUGCUCUGCCGUUUGCCUUGGACGCAACGUCCCUUCUACUCCAAGGCACAGCUUCGACAGAGCAAGAAAAUGCUGCCUUAGCAUUGCUCGUGGUACUAGAAGAACAGGGUCAUUUGGCUUCCUUACAUGAGGGUCCACCGACGACUAUUAUCUUGCGAUGGACCAAGCGCGUACGAAAGGCAGUGCAGACUCGUAUGGAGCGUCUUGCAUCGCUUCUGGAGCAAGGGCACUUGAACGACGAUGUCCUUUCUUGCAUGCUCGCCGUGCCAUUGGGCUGCCGUGUACAGCCGACUGGCACGUCACUAGCUACUCUGUACACUCGCUGUAUUCGAUUUUUGGCUGCUGGUGUGGAUGGCGGCGCUUUGGGUCAAAAGCCAUUGGUAUUGGGUGCACUUGUCGCUGGUCUAGUGUCCCUUCUUCACGUCGUGCCAGGGGCCAGGAGCAGUGUAUCGUCGCUUUUUGAAGGCAGUCCUAGUCCCUUUACAAGUAUUUUGCAGGCAUGUGCCUCGAAUCAAGCCGUACUCCCCGCGCUCGCCGACUUGGCUGAUCUUGCUCAUGCCGAUGCCCAUGCUUUACCGGACACUUUGUCGGUAUGGUCCAUGCUCUCGUCCACCAUCAUGGAUGCCAACCGGACCAAUGUGCAUGCAGCUUUGCGUAUACUUUCUCUGACGCAGACAUCCAGCGUUUGCAAUGUGUUUGCGAAGCUGGCCGACGUUGAAGCGACACCUUUGGAUGUUGCUCAUGUUACAUCGCGUAAUGUACAGCUCCGCCAUGCACAGCGUGAGGCUUACAAACAUCUAGCCUCAUCAGACACGCAAAUGCAAGCGCUUGUGUGGUAUGCGAUCGGCACAUUGAAACUCAAUUUGAAGCCUAUUUGGGCAGCCAGUCGCGAGACUCUUGUUGCUCUGUGCCAGCGCCAAGGUGAGGAAGUGUGGCGUAUGUCCUUUGCUGAGCUGCAAGCAGCCGAUGGCACAGUUCAUGCUGGCUCCCCCAUGAAUACCGACAUGAAGCUGGACGAAGUCGAGGAAGACGAGAUGGAAGAGCUUAGCGAUGAAAACGCACUCGAUGAGACGUAUGCGCUUACUGACCCGGUCCUUUCACGCCGGCUGCGCGCUCUGCGUCAUGUUCUUCGACUGAUUGUACCCACCGCCUCUCAUCGCGCUUUACAGACAUUACGUCUGCGUGCGCAAUCCCAUGUGCGCUUCGAUCCAGCUCAUUACGCCAACGAACUCUUGCAACUGUACGAACAACAUGCCGUGUUGCCCGAGAAGCAUAGUGAGGCAUUUGUACAGUACGCUGUGGCUCAGUGGCCUAGCCUCUUGGAUGGUCAAGAUGCAGACCGCGCGCCUAGUGCUGUGCGUACCGAACGACUCCGUCGUCUCCUUAUGAUCUUCAGCGAGUUCCAAGCGCCAGCCAAGAUGUACGAUGCCGUGGCGAUGAAGGAGCGCUUUUUACUGCUGUGUGCCCAACCAGAGCUAGCUAUCCAACGUGCUGCUUUAGAUUGCUUGCUGACAUGGCAAGAUCCAUGGCUCAUGCACCACAAGGCGCGUCUUACCGAGCUACUCAAUCCGUCGAAGUUCCGGGAUACAUUGGCUCACACUGACUUGUCAGCAACGUCCGAGCAGCUGGCCUCUGACUCACGUUCACAGGUUAUGGGCGUGCUAUUACGCCUCCUGUACGGUCUUAUGAUGUCACGACGUGGCGCUCGUACGAGUGGUGCAGGCCAAAAGGCGCGCCGUGCCGCUAUCCUUGCGGCUUUGUGCGAAAGCCGGACGGAUGAGCUGCAGCUUCUUGUUGACUUGAUGCUGAGCGCCUUUGGCGAUCAGCAUGGCUUCGUAAAAGAGGGUACCUUUGUGCUGCCCCCUCAUGCUCCACAAGCUCUGCCACGUAAACAACUUGGAUUACUCUUGAUGCUGGAUGACGUACUUCGUCAUCUUGGACGUGCACUGGACUUUUGCCUGCCGCAGAUCGUUCAGGUCGUGUUGAGCAUUGCGUCGUACGCCACCGACACGACCGAUGAGACUAUGCGUCACAUUCGACGCACAGCUCUCUCACGAAUCGCUGACUUGGUGCGAUAUGCAUCAGAUCUUGAUUGGCAUAUCUAUCGUGACGUGAUCCUUGAGCAGCUGGUGUUCCCUCGUCUACCCACCUUUGCUGACGAUAGUGUACAGGCGCCGUCUGCUUUGUUAGACUUGUGCCGCGCCUGGACGACACGCAGUGAUACAUUGCUGUGCUUCCUCAGUAAUGAUCGCGUUCUCCCUUCGGUGUUUGCAGGUCUAAGUCGUGCCUCCAUCAAGCCUGCUGUGGCUACCUCCUUGCUUGAUAUGGCCGAGAGAGUGCUGAGCGCAGGAGAGGCACCAAGUGACGAGGACAUUGAUAACGCUGCUGAGGCAACCCGCAUUCAACUGCAUGUCGUUACGCCUAUGGUGCCUGCCCUGCUUGAGUCGCUUAUGCCGCUUGUACAGCAUACUAUCCGCUCCAACUUUACGCAUGCCUUAUCACAGCAUAUCCGUGAUGACCUCCUGCGCAAAGAGCUCAAUGUGCUUUCUCACCUUGCGCCGCAUAUGGCUAAAACGGAAGAUGCUGCCGCUGUCCUCACCCUACUCGUUCCAUUGAUGCGCCACAGUGCACGCGCUAUCCCUGAGCGAACCAAGACGGACUUGCUGCAUACAGUGGCCCUGUUACUGCCUCGUGCUAGUACGUCAGGCAGUGCGCUUGACGAUUUGUACGCUCUGCUUGCCCGACUUGGCUCUGAGCUGCGGUCUAGACAGGCUCGUACAGAGUAUGCGAAUGCGUUCGCUCAACUGGCUACUGUUGAUCCUUCAUUCACACGGCUUGUAGGAUGGAUCCAGGGGCUCAACGCGUACUCCACCAAGUCACUCGAUGAGACUGAUUGGGAUAAGCGCUUGUCGGCUUGCGACGCGAUUCUCGACGAUGCCAAUGUGAUAGAAGCGCGUGAAUGGCCAGCACUGCUGUACCAUGCCUUCUAUUUCAUGGGCGAGGAUGACCUCGUUCUCAGGACCAAUGCUACUGCUAUGUUGCAGCGCUUCCUGCGCGAAGCCAAGAGCGAAGCUCAUAUCGAACAUGCCACUCGCAUCGUAUUGCCGGGUGUACGUCGACGUUUGCAUAGCCGGAACGAGGCUGUGCGCAAAGAGCUGUUAAUUGUGCUGGAUGUGGCUGUACGUGAGCUUAGUGAGUUGAUCCCUGCGAUUGCCGAGCUGCAAGUCUUGCGCGUGGGUGGUGAUGACGAGGCCAACGUACUCAUCAACUUUUACCAUAUCCAAACUCACCGCCGUGUACGUGCUCUUCAUCGUCUUGCCGAUGCAGCUGAAUCUGGCGCUCUGCGUAGUCGUACAUUGUCGGACUUGUUCGUCCCGCUUGUUUGGUGCUACUUCCUUCCAGGACCCAGUGGUGGUAUCGACAUGAAUAUGGCUAAUGAAGCACUGCAAUGCAUUCGGCGCAUGGCCCAGCAACUGCAGUGGAGCCAUUACUACCACUGGCUCAUGCGUUUCUUGCGCGAGCUAAAGAGUCAUACAUCAAAGGACGAGGCCUCGUCUGCGGAGCGCUUGCAUGUUCGUGGCGUUGUCGGGCUGCUGGAGGCGUUCCACUUUGAUUGCUCAGGGGACGUGGAUGAAACGCUGGAAAGCGACGACCAAGUGGCGCCGGAGAGUCAGGCAGGUGAAGAGGCGCUGGCUCGGGAUCUAUUGCGCGAUGAGACGAUGCCAGUGACCCAGCGUGUGGCUCUCGCAGCGACUGUUACGACGCGUGUAUUGCCACCGCUCCAUGCUGCAUUGCAGGUAAAGGACGAGGAUCGACUGCCAGCAAGGCUGCCUAUCAUUGUUGGCGCUGCGCGAUUGGCUCAGCAUUUGCCUGUGGAGCGACGACGCGUCGAACUAUUCAAGGUGUUUGAUGCCCUUGCGACAGCCCUGCGCAGCAAAUUGCAAUCGACGCGUGAUGCUUGCCGUGAUACUGCGAAUCAGAUGGUGCGUGCGAUUGGUGUGGCCUACUUGCCGGACGUUGUGAGUCAGCUUCGUCGCUCACUUACGCGUGGCCCUCAGCUGGCAGUUUGUGCAUACACAAUCCACCACCUUGUUGUGGUGUUGAGCACGCCGGGCCAACAUGGUGCAGCGCCAAUCCUCACUGAGUUGAGCAGUGGUGUGCGUGACAUCGUUGAGGCGUCCAUGGAAGACGUGUUUGGUCUUACGAGUGAAGAUCGUGCAGCAGUGGAGUACAAGACUAAAGUCCGCGAGUUGCGACAGAGCAAGAGUAUGGAUACGUUUGAGCAGGUGGCCCGCCUCGCUAUGCCAGCUCUCUUACAGGAGCUGCUGAUUCCCUUGCGUGGCGUGCUAGCUACCACGAUCGAGCCCAAGACCCUUCGCACUGUGAACGAAUGCCUACACCGCAUUGCCUCCGGCAUCAGCGCCAACCAACACGUGGACGCUUCUUCCUUCCUCAUUUUGUGCUACACGCUCAUUGCACGUGGGCACAAGGCCCUAGAGGGUAGCGCUGGUCCUGCACCACACCUUAUGCAGAAUGCCCACAUGUUCAUUGAGCUUGGUUUGGAUCUGCUUACAACGGCUCUGCGCCGUUCGCGUUUCGAUAUGCAGGAUACGGAUACCGUCGCGAAGCUUGUGCCACUUGUCAAGGCGGUGGGUGAGACACUGUAUGCGCAUGAUGCGCCUGUCGUGGAACGUGGUCUGCGUGCCGCGGCGGCCCUCUCACGCUGCCCGCUCCCCAAUUUGCCAGAUGCACUGCCUGUGAUUCAGAAGCAAAUGCUUGUAUUGCUUCGGCAUGCUGGUGGUCUGCACUCGUCCCUGGCGCAAACUACCGUCCGUGCGUUAGCCAUUGUUCUUCGUGAAGGUCGUGCGUCGCCACCACCCACUCGACAGCUUACAGAGCUACUGCAGCUUGUCGCACCGGAGCUGGAUGCGCCUGAUGCUCAGGCCAGUGUGUUUGCUCUCCUCCGCGCUAUUGUAGCUCGGGCGUUUGUGGUGCCGGAGGUGUAUGACAUUAUGGAUCAUGUGGCUGAGCUCCUUGUCGUAAGUCACGACCCACAAGUGCGCGAUGUAUGCCGUGCUUUGUACCUACAGUUCCUGCUUGACUAUCCACAAGGCCAGGGCCGGUUGCAGAUGCAGCUGCAGUUCCUUGCAAAGCAUCUUGCAUAUGAAAAUGAAGGUGGACGACGCAGUGUGCUGGAGCUGCUGGGUAAUGUCUUGGCCAAGUUCUCGACCGAAGUUGUGUCGCAGUAUGCGGAGCUCUUCUUUGUGGCACUUGUCAUGCAGCUUGCGAACGAAGAGUCUGUUGCUUGCCGCAAAGAGGCUGCGCAUGUACUCCAGAUAUUGCUGGGCGUAGUGCACGAGAAAGAGUGUCAUGCCUUACUGCGCAUGACGCAGGGCUGGGCUAUGUCGCACGGUACUCCGCAAGCACGCACACUCUCUGCUGUGGCACUGCGUGUAUACGACUUGGCUAGUACGCAUGGCCACUUGCUUUCGUCAGUUCUUCGUGACGCACCGCCGGCCAUUCUGCAGGCGUUGGAGGAAGGUGUGAAUACUAUGGAUGCAGAUGCAUGGAGAUUGCCAUACCAAGCACUGCAGACAAUGCAAACCAUCGUACAGCACGAUGCUCAGGUAUGGUCCCGCCUUACACCAGCGUUGCCUUCGAUUAUCACGCUUCUGACAUACCCACACGCCUGGUGCCGCGUCGCAGCAUGCCGUCUGCUGGGUGCGUACUUCGCUGCAGGCUUGCCAAUUGACGCUGAAGAGCUCGUUCGAGCUUCGAAGCAGCUUGUGGCGCAGCUAUUUAGUCCGUUCCUGGAUGAUGCGCUCACCUUGCAGGUCGUGCGCAAUCUUGUGUUUGUCGGCAAAGCCUUUGCACGUGGCGAUGGCAACGAUGUGGACGACGACGACGACAACAGCGAGGCGAACAGCGAUGUGGAGGAGCUUGACGACGUCGAAAACAACGGCGAGGCGGAGGAUGACACCAAGGCAACGCCACCAGCGCGCCUUGCAUGGCUAUUCUCGAAGUUAUCCCAUGCUGGUCGUCUAGCUACUCGUGCCGGUCGCACAGAGACAGCGCCGCAGCGUGUAGGUGCUGUGUUGAAAUGGUUCGCGGCCAUGUCGACGCAGCUUGAGCCCAGUAUCUUGUCUGUUUUCCUUAUUCAUAUCCUAUCGCCUAUUCUGCGCGUGACAGAUGAUGACCAAGCACCUGAAGACUUAAAAUCACUUGCACAGGAAGUCCAGGAUCUGGUCCAAGAGCGUGUUGGCGCGUCUACAUUUACGCAUGCAUAUGCACACGUAAAACAGAGUGUGCUUGACAAGCGUCGUGAACGUCGCAAUGCGCGGAUCUUGGAAGCGGUGGCCGACCCUGAGCGUGCUGCUAAGCGCCGAGCCUCUCGCAAUGUCGCGAAGCAUGAGAGUCGGAAGCGCAAGAAUGCGAAGUAUCGGGACAAGCGCCAAUCGAAUAAGCGCGCACGCAACUCGAAGGCGACAUAG